GCGAGCCUCCUCAGGCCCCGGAGAGUGAAGCCAUGUUAAAAGGGAGAGGCGUGCGUGGCACCGCCCGCUCCUCCCAGGACACCCCUGGGAGCCUGGGGCGCUGAGCCCGUCACCGGAACCGACGCGGCUCGGGGGGCCGUGAGGGCGGCGGCGAGGAUCGAUAUCUCGGGGCUCGGCAGCCGGCGGCCGCCAUGGCGCUGAGCGGGGUGCGGGUGCUGGAGCUGGCGGGCCUGGCGCCGGCGCCGCUCUGCGGCAUGAUCCUCGCCGACUUCGGGGCCCAGGUGGUGCGGGUGGACCGGACGCCCCGCUCUGCCGUGGCCACCGACGUGCAGGGCCGCGGCAAGCGCUCCUUGGCGCUCGACCUGAAGCGACCGCCGGGCGCGGCGGUGCUGAGGCGGCUGUGCUGCCAGGCGGACGUCCUUAUCGAGCCUUUCCGGCACGGUGUCAUGGAAAAACUUGGUCUCGGUCCAGAGGUCCUUCUGCAGGAGAAUCCCAGACUCAUCUAUGCCAGACUUACAGGAUUUGGCCAGUCAGGACAAUAUGCUAAGUCUGCUGGUCAUGAUAUCAAUUAUUUGGCUUUAUCAGGUGUGCUGUCAAAGCUGGGUAGAAAAGAUGAAAAUCCUUAUGCACCUGUAAAUCUUCUGGCUGAUUUUGCUGGUGGAGGUGUCCUGUGUGCAAUGGGCAUUGUUACAGCCCUUUAUGAACGUACCAAGUCUGGCAAAGGGCAGAUCAUUGAUGCAAGUAUGGUAGAAGGAGUAGCAUACCUAAGUUCUUUCCUGUGGAAGUCACAGAAUUUGGGACUUUGGAACAGACCUCGAGGUGAGAACCUGCUAGAUAGCGGUGCACCUUUUUAUGAAACCUACAAGACCUCCGAUGGAAAAUUCAUGGCUGUUGGUGCCAUUGAGCCUCAAUUCUAUGAGCAGUUAAUAAAGGGUCUCGGGCUAGAUUCAGAUAAACUUCCCAGUCAGUUGAGUUUCUCUGACUGGCCCAAAAUGAAGGAAAAAUUUGCAUCCAUAUUUGCACAGAAGACACAAGCUGAGUGGUGCAGCAUAUUUGAUGGUACUGAUGCCUGUGUGACCCCUGUUUUGGCUUUUGAUGAAGUUGCCUCACAUCAGCAUAACAAACAAAGAAGUUCUUUUAUCAAAAAUGAUCAGGAAGAGAUAAGUCCUAGACCUGCUCCUCUUCUAUCAAGGACUCCUGCUGUUCCAUCAUUUAAAAGAGAUCCUUUUAUAGGAGAACACACAGAAGAGAUACUUCUAGAAUAUGGAUUUACUAAGCAAGAGAUAGCCAAACUUUAUUCUGAUAAAGUAAUAGAAUUCAGUGAACCAAAAGCUAAUUUAUAAUCUCUAACUAUGCAGAUCAGACAAAUUUCAGCAAGUUUUUAUGCAUUAAAAUUGAAUUAUAUGACAAAUAAAUGUUUGCAUGAUAUUGCUUUUAAACGAUUUUUAAAAAAUUAGUGAAGUUUUAAAUUUAAUUGAAAACAGUGGGAGUUACACACUCAUGUACCUGGAUUUUCUGCAGUCUAGAAUGAUACCAAAAUUGUGUUCUGAAGAUCUACACAGUUUGCUUGGUAAGCAGCUGUAAAUCCUCAAAAUUUUUCUUUAAAUGUGGUAUCCUGUGAAAUGUUUGUUUCUUUUAAUUCUUAGUUACACUGUUGCUUUGUAAUAUGCAUUGUAAUUACAUGAAGGCAAUACUUUUCAUAAGAUACAGUUAUAUUCUUCCUAAACAAGUGAUUGUGUUGCUUACUUAUAUAUUAGAAAGGAUUUUUUUCCUCUCUUAUCAUAUUAAUUCAUUUGCUUUAUCAUGCCAAAACAAUGAUUGAAAUAAUGCUGUUUUCUUAUGUGCUGCUGCAGAGUUAUUAUCAUAAAGUAAUUCUAUUUAAUAGCCUGACUACAUUUUCUUGAUGCAGUCUCCUGAUUGUAUUACAUUUGGGAUUUCAGUUUGCCUAGAAAAUCACUUCAGAACAGAGUUUGUUAUUUUAAAAUAGCUACCGAGUAUUAAUCCUUUCCUCUUUUUUUUGAAAAAUGGUAGGCAAUUUAGCUGCACAGGUUUUAAACAAUGGUUAUUCCGUGGUGAUUUUAAUUUCCUUCAAAAUUAAACCGUCAUUUGAAACAGUCUUCUUCAACGCAAAAGAAAAUAAGCUUUUAAAAAGAAUUAGUUAUAGGCCUUAAUACAGUUUUCUUUAGUCUGAUGUGUCAGGAAGUAUGAUAUGAGGAGUUGUUUUUGAUAAUUUUGCCAGUGUUUACCUUGCUGAAAAUCAGUUUGUUGCUUACAAAGACUUCCAAAGCUGAGAUAUACUUUAGCUCAUUUUACAUGUGUCAUGCCAAAAAUUUCAGCAUUACUGCUAUAAAAAAACCUUUUACAUUCUACCACAUAAACACCUGCCUGGAAGCAAGAAUUAUCUAGUAGGUCCUGAUAAAUUAGAUAAACAAUCAGCAAAAGCAUCUUAAGUUUCCAGCUGAUAAUCACUCUGAUGUAAAUUACUGAAUACUAUACACCUUUACAGAAAGAUUUGACAAUUUGCUUAGUCCCAGAUGCAUCUAUCUAAACGUGUUGGAGAACAAUAAACAUCAAAUGUAAUCUGCA